AUGAUGUUCGAAGUGCUCAUCGCGUUGAUUUUUGCCGCGGCAACUAUAGCAUCUGGUCAGAUUGCACCUUGGAAUAAAUCUCUGGGGGAUGCAACUUCGUUAACAAAACUUCAAGAUGCUCACAUUGAGCGCCAAGGAAAGUUUUUUCCACUCUUCAGUGUCGUACGAUUUGCCAACUCUGAAUGUACGGGGAGUAACAAUUUCAACGGUACCUGCUUUACACGGCGUGAGUGUGCCUCGUUAUCCGGUACCACCUCUGGAGCAUGUGCUAAUUCACUUGGAGUUUGCUGCGUUUGUAAUUCAAAGAACGUGCGGUAGCACAACAAACGUGAAUAAUACAUAUUUCAUCAACCCUGCCUACCCAACAACAUAUGCUGGAGGAGACCGAUGUACAAUCACUGUUAAUAGGUGCAAUUCCAAUAUAUGUCAAUUACGUUUGGAUUUCCUGGACUUCACUUUGGCCCAACCAGACCAGAACGGAUUGUGUGACUUAGAUUUCUUAACGGUAACUGGUGGAGCAUCAAUUGUUCCCAGGAUAUGUGGAGAUAACACAAAUCAGCACAUUUAUGUAGAUUUUGACGGUGCAACAGCUAUAACAAUAUCUAUUGAUACGGCUGCAGCAUUUAUCUUCAAUCGUCGCUGGAACAUCAGGAUACAACAAAUAGCUUGCGACUCGCCUUGGCGCGCACCCAACGGAUGUCUCCAAUACUAUACCACAACUACUGGUACCGUAACUGACUUCAACUAUGGCACAGUUGUUAACCCAAGAGCUCCUCUGGUCGGUACCCGUCAAUUAUCAAAUUUGAAUUAUGGUGUUUGUAUAAGAAUGACAACUGGUUUUUGUUCAAUUCAAUGGACACAAUCAGAUACCUUGUCGUUUACUUUGUCCGGUGACCCAGGUGGUCUAGAUCCAACAGUAAUCGGUACGGCAAUGGCAGCGGUCAGUGGAGUCAUGUGCACAGCUGAUUACGUUAUAGUACCAAGUCCCGUUGACGCGAACGGCAAUCCUUUAAACGUCGAUCGCUUUUGUGGCAAUGGAUUCGUACCUGUAACUACUACUCUGAAGCCCUUUGUACUUUACGUCGUCACAGAUGCGAAUGAAGUCGGAGACAUUGCCAACCGAGGCUUCAUUUUGAAUUAUCAGCAAAUAGCAUGCCCUAUCGGCACCAUUAUUGGAUAGAUAAUAUUUCGACCCGUG